UUACGUUCGGUUCGUUCGCAUUUCUUCUCUAUCUUAUAUAAUAUUAUAUUUUCUCCUAAAUCAAUUUUUUCACUACCAACAACAAACAACAAUAACAACUCUUCUCAAACUCGCGUCAACCUUAACUUAACUUUUACCAAAACUACAAUCUCUGUACAAUCUAUACAAUCUACAAUCUCUCUCAACUCUUUCCGUUUUACUGAAACAAAAACAAAACAUUUAUUUUUCGACUCGACAAAAACAUCGAUCAAAGUUUUGUUUCAAAUUGUUUACCAACCACAAAAAAUAACAACCCAAUAAAAUAACAAGUAAAAAAACAAGAAGGAGCCAAAACGAGAAGGAUAUACCACUAUUAAACCGAAAUAAAGCCCCAAAAACGUUAUGUUUUGAGUCCAGUUCCCGUGUAAAAACAAACGUAAACGCAAACGCAAAUGUAAAAAUCGAUAAGCCACACGCAGCCAGCCAACUGAACGCGAACGUGUCCGUGUCCGUGUGUGUUUUCUGACCAAAAAUCGUUGGCAAAAACUCCGGAUUCGGGCAAAAAAAAAAUAUAUAGAGAGAAAAUAAAAAAGGGGCACUCGUUGUCGAAAAACUCCCAGCCCCAAAUGACGGAUACAAGCGCCGAAAUGUGUGAAGUGGCUGUGAAACCCGAGGAGUCCUACUACUACUGAAACUACUGAAGCCCCCAAGGAAAACCAAUUUACAAUAACAUGCAAAUCACUAAGGAUAUUUAACCGACAGCAAACCCCAAGCCGGAGGCAAGAGCAGGAGGACAGGCAGGCAUGCCAGUCCUGAAAUUAGAAAUCAUUAACCUGUACAACUAAAACCUAAGAGAACUUUCGGCGAGCCAAACUCUACAAAUAUAUAUAUAUAAACUACAUACAAUAUAUAUAUUAUAAUUUCACAUGCGAGAUAGCAACAGCCACGUUUCCUUUCCGCUUUUGCCACAAGAAUUACCCCCUGAGACGGUCUUUGCUCGCUCGAAACUCGCCACUCGCUUCAGCACUUAGCAUUUAACACUUAGCCCCUAGCACCUAGACUCAACUUGAUCUCCCAAGCUCCUGGCCAAAACUCUGAUCCUCUAAAUUUUAACGAGAAACCCCUAACCAUGCCGCGCUGCCUGAUAGCCAAGAAGUGGAAGGCCUAUCCCUGGCUGGAUCGGACGGAGGACAACAGCUCCCCGCAGCAGCAGCAGCAGCAGCAGUCGCAUCAGCAACACAGCUCUACUUCCAGAGAUCCCGAGGAUCUGCCCCAUCUCAAGUCCCGCAGAUCCACUCUGGAUGAGGACGAGGAGAUCGAUGUGGUGGGCGAUAAAUUCCUGACCAAGUUGGAAAAGCAACGCACAACAGCAGCCGCAGUAGCAGCAGCGGCAGCAGCGGCCUCCGUCGCAGCAGCAGCAACAUCUGUGGAAGCAGCAACAUCUCACAGUGGCAACAGCAACAUCGAGGGCACGGCAGCAACAUCCACAUCCGCCUCCGCCACGACGACAGCCAAGUGCUGGGGUCCCAGUUCACCCACGGCGGGCACCACGGCACCCAGUCCGCCGCCCCAUUCCCCGGAGGCGGCAACGCGAGUGGCCGGCAGUGUUUACAACGGCUACACCCGCGAACUGUCGCCGCUGCACUACACCGCGUACCUUCCCCGCAUGGAGAGCGAGAUAACCGUGAUCCGUGCCGCGGCCACAGCUCUGGUGGCAGCCGCCUCCGCCAAUUCCAGCGGCAAUCCUAAUGGAGAUCAACACCUGGCGGCGUACCAGACGCCACCCUCAUCCACCACAUCGUCACCCUCGUGCUCACCCAGUGGCGCCGGGGACCGCUACAGUCCACUCCAGUCCGGACAGACCUCCAGCGAAAGGAAGUGCUUCAGCAGCACGGGAGCCACGCUGUCGCUGCCGCCAAAGAAGAAGGACAUCUACAGGCCGUACUCGCUGGACGACAAGCCGGCGCAUGGGUACAGGAGACGGGUGCCGGCGGAGGAGGACCUGCAUGCGGCGCAUGCCAUACUGGACCUGAGUGCCUCCACUGCGUUUCACCCGCCCACGCAGCCUCACCAGCUGCAAACGGUGCAGGAGCAGCAGCAGCAGCAUCAGCAACGAGAAAGGGAAAGGGAGCAACUGCAGCAACAGCAACACCUCAGCCAGCAGCAACACCAUCACGUCCACACCCAUCACCUGCCGCUGCAGCACCAAAGCCAGAGCCAGAGCCAGCACCACACCCACUUCCCGGCACUGGAGGCGCAUGCGCAUCUGCGGAGCACCUCAUCGAUUGCCGAGCUGGCUGCAGCGGCCAGCGUGGUGAACGAGCAACGCCCCGCCAGCAAUGCCUCGAGUGCGAGCAGCAGCCUGGCCAGCAGCAACUCCUCCUCGAGUGUCCAGAAUGAGAACAGCAACACCACGAACACCAACCAGUUGCAGGAGAGUGAGUCAGCCGGCGGAGUGGAUGCCGAGGGCCAUGCGAGUCCCGGAGCAGCCGCCAAGACAGUGGCCUACACCUACGAGGCGUUCUUCGUGAGCGACGGUCGUUCCAAGCGCAAGCAUGUGGCGGAUCCUGCCGCUGCCGGCGGUGCUGCUGGAGUACCUGGCAUCCAGGACCAGCAGAAGACCAAGUACACGUGCUCCGAGUGCGGCAAGCAGUAUGCCACCUCCUCGAACCUGUCGCGCCACAAGCAGACGCAUCGCUCCCUGGACUCGCAGUCUGCCAAGAAGUGCCACACCUGCGGUAAGGCCUAUGUGUCCAUGCCAGCUCUGGCGAUGCAUGUCCUGACGCACAAGCUCUCGCACAGUUGCGGUGUGUGCGGCAAGCUCUUCUCCCGUCCCUGGCUGCUCCAGGGUCACCUCAGAUCGCACACGGGAGAGAAGCCCUAUGGGUGUGCGCACUGUGGCAAGGCCUUUGCGGAUCGCUCCAAUCUCCGGGCGCACAUGCAAACCCAUUCGGUGGACAAGAACUUUGAGUGCAAGCGGUGCCACAAGACAUUCGCGCUGAAGUCGUACCUCAACAAGCACCUGGAGUCGGCCUGUCUCAAGGACGAGGAGGAGCUGAUGAUGUCCAUGUCGCUGUCCAUGCAUGACAGCAACAGUGAGAGUGGCGCCAGUAUGGCCUCAUCGCCGCCACAUGAGUUCCUCGAACGGGUGAAGCUCGAGGCCAGUGGAGCCACCUAUGCCAUGUAAGCAAUACGUACGUACGAAGUCUGGGGUGCCAUGGGAAUAUAUUUAGA